UGUGUGUGCUUUAAAAGCCAGUGGUUGGCUGGUUUUCCGGACAUGAUGUGGUUGAAGCUGUCAUCGUAAUGGAAAUUCAUUGCUGUAGCUAUGGUAAAUCGAGUUUUCUGCCUGUGCUGAAUGCAUUAGUCUAAUGAGAUGUUUGCAGCCGGAGAGCAGGGCUGCUGGAGACUAACUGUGAGCUCCUAACGCACGGGUGGAAGAUAGCUUUGGCAAGACUCGGUUUGCAUGUGCCGAAAGUCAACUGUCUUCUGAGUCAACAUUCCCUGCCUGAUAAGGAACCCGAUCAGGGCUCCAGUGAAGGAGCUGUAGGUAAGGGAGAUGCGCAAUUGGAGGGUGUGCCUUUGAUAUGGGAUCCUUCUCUUGUAACUGUCAGCGUGACAGGUUACCCGUUUCAGUUUUUCCCAGGUUACAUGACUACCUCUGGCAGUGCAUGAGAGUCCUGCUUGAGAGCCAUCGAGCCCAGCAGGUAAACUUUAGUUCAUGCUCCUGAAAUAUGUUUGAUUUCUCAACCAGAUCUCACAGGGGAAGAUGGGGCAUAGAAUUAUAUAGUCUCUAAAUUUGGGGUGUAUCCACAUGCACUGCUCCUUAACUCUGCAUUUAAGUAUAUAGAAAGUUAAUUUUCCAAAUGUGAACUCAAAUAACUGAUUAGCUCUUUUUAAUUUUUUUGCACUAUUAUUUUGCUCUGUUUUUAAUUAAAAAAAAUGGUAGUAUGUCUUGGGACAAAAAUAUUUACCUAAAAUUUGAUUAUUAAAAUUGAUAUGUUGUGAACAUGCAAAAAGGUGUUUUUUUAAUUAAAUUUUAUUUUUAAGAUCUCAGAUGGAAUAUUUUAUGGGCUGGUUUUUACCAGGCAUAGAUGAGAAUACGUUUGUUAUUAGUGGCUGGUUUAGUUUGGUUUAGGGGGAAAAAAAAACAAAAAACAAAACCCUGGUGACUAUGGAAUGUCAGAAGCAGUUUUCCCAAGUUCAAAUACAGAGAGUUGCCUCCUUCCCAGGUGGAGUGCCGAGUGACUUGAACCAAUUUCCACACGCUCCUCUCAGCGUCACCAGGUACCCUCGCCUGUGUGCUUGCUGGCAGGACAGGAUCAGUGGAAGAGGAUGAGGUGCAGGCUGCUGUGGUAGUAGAGGUAUCAAGACUGUCCUGCUGUGGCUAGUGCUGGCCUCUGCCCUUUCAGGCAAGAAUGGCCUCUGCUUGUGACCUGCCCCCUCCCCAUGGGCCACGUGAGCAUGGUGCCUGGCAUAGAGAGGCGUUCCACAUGGUUUCCAGAUAAACCAAUGGAUGGAGACUAAUUCUUAGCAUCUCUUCUGCCUGCAAGCAAUUUGCCACCUCAUUCUGUAAGACUGGCCCCAGCAGAAAUGCAGUCUCAAAGGAUUCCUGGGAGAAAGCGAGGCCGACCCCCACUUCACUCAACACCAAUGAAGAUGGCAGUUCAUAAUCUUUAUUCUGCUUCAGCUGGCCCCUUGCCAGCAGUGAAGCUCCCAAAGAAAAGAGGGCGGAAACCCGGGUACAAGCUGAAGUCUCGGGUUCUCAUGACUCCUUUAGCCCUCUCGUCUCCGCGGAGUACCCCAGAGCCCGACCUCAGCUCCAUCCCUCAGGACGCAGCCACCAUCCCCAGCUUGGCAACCCCACAGGCUCUCACAGUCUGCCUUUAUAUCAACAAGCAGGCCAACGCAGGGCCAUACCUGGAGAGGAGAAAGGUGCAGCAGCUCCCCGAGCACUUCGGGCCUGAGAGGCCAUCGGCGGUCUUGCAGCAGGCCGUCCAAGCCUGCAUCAACUGUGCCCACCAGCAGAAGCUGGUGUUCUCCCUGGUCAAGCAGGGCUACAGUGGUGAGAUGGUGUCAGUCUCCGCUUCCUUUGAUGGAAAGCAGCACCUGCGGAGCCUGCCCGUGGUGAACAGCGUCGGGUAUGUCCUGCGCUUCCUGGCCAAGCUGUGCCAGAGCCUCCUGUGCGAUGACCUAUUCAGCCACCAGCCUUUCCCCAGGGGCUCCAGCACCUCUGAGAAAGCCCAAGAGAAGGAGGACAGCAGGAUGCAGCCUGCAAAAACAGUCACCACUGAAGAGUGCCUGCUGAAGCCUGGGGGCAUGAACCGCUUCAGCUUGGACCCGUCCGCCCCUGCCUUUAACCACAGGGGCUCCUUGCCCCCCUCCUCCCCACUGUACUGCAAGAGGCAGAAUUCCAGAGACAGCCGUCUCGGGAGCGGCCCCGCCACCACCACCAGCGGCCCCUGCACCAGCCCCCUGUCCUCCGGAGGCCCCCUGGCACCUGGUCUGAGGCCCCCAGCCUCCAGCCCCAAGAGAUACAGAGCCUCCCUCGAAGGAAACAGAUGUGCCUCAAGCCCCUCUCAGGACGGGCAGGACGCCAGGCGGCCCAGGAGCCGGCAUCCCUCCACCUGGACCGUGGAGGACGUGGUCUGGUUCGUGAAAGACGCUGACCCUCAGGCGUUGGGGCCUCACGUGGAGCUCUUCAGAAAGCAUGUACGCAAGAGGAGAUUGAUGGCCAUGCCCUCCUGUUGCUGAAAAGUGACAUGAUUAUGAAGUACCUGGGCCUGAAGCUGGGACCUGCACUGAAACUCUGCUACCAUAUCGAUAAACUGAAGGAGGCCAAGUUCUGAAGUUUUUUUAAAAGAUAAAAACAAAAUUCAAGAUGAUGGAUCUCAAGGUCCUUUUCUGCCUUACCAACAUCCAGCUGUCAUCACGAAAAGAUUUUCCUCUUAAAAAUAACCCCCUGCAAAGACUUGGUCUUUUUAUACAACUGACUUCUUUGCCUUUUUGAAAAUCCUUUUUGAAAAGGCUCCUCUGUGUUAAUGAUUUGCCAAAAAAUCACCAAAAAAAAAAAACCCUACUAUUUUUAACAUUCCUGAUAUGUUGGUUGCUCUUUGAGUAGGUCCUAUUUUUAUAAUGAGAAAGUGGGAAACUGAAUGCUAUCACUCAAGGAGAGCCUUGGAGGGUUCAAAGAUUAUGAGGAAAAGGACCUACGUCCCUGCAGGUUCUGCAGAACGCUCCCCUCACCCCCACCCCACCCCACCGCCCCAUGCCACCCAUCUUGAACUCUGAUCCGGGGACCUAUUCAGUGUGAGCCUUGCUUGUUUCAGCUCUGGAAGCUGUCUUCUGAGGAUAACUGCCUCACCUUGCACUAUCUGGAAAACUUGAAUUCUUUUGCUCCCUAAAAGAAGAGAAGAAAAAAAUCUUUUUUCCUAGUUAUCUGAAGUACUGUGUUUCUCCACUAGAGGGCAGACUGCUAAUGGAAUUUCAGGACCCUUACCGACUCAGUGGCCUGCUCUUUCUCUACUCAGUGAUGGCUUAGGGGUUUUGUGAACAAGAUCGGAUCUGCACAAAAAUAGGGAAUUUCUUUCACAGUCAGCACCACAGAUUGUAACUUGGGAAGAAACCGCCUUCCGGAAGGUUCUAGUACAUAUCCAAGCAUUAUUGAUGGACUGAUUGAAGCCCAAGCAGCAAAAGCAAGAAUUUGGAAGCACACUCUUCCCAGAUGGAGCUUUGGAGUACCUUCCUGUCCUUCCCAGGGUGUCAGUCUGUUGGCACACCGAAGAGUCAUAGUGACAUUCAGCCACGGGUGUUUCUUUAAAACAGGAAAAGAAAAAUGUUUCAACUAAGCUCUGAAAUGGGAGAGUGUUGCUUUCCAGUUAUGUUGUUGGAUUCUGCAGCUGUAUCUGUGGAUAAUUUUUCUAGUCCUCAACAAAUACACAGACAUGCUAUUAUUGAGUUUAAUUCAGUUUACAAACAGGUUUUCCUUCCUCACCGUGGAGUCAUAGCAAAAAAAAAAAUUGAUUUUCUACCCCUUUGCAGCUGUGUCCAUAGGAACGAUGAUGAAUCUACAAUUAUCUGGGCAGAAAGGCCUCCAUUCCUUCUAUCCUUUCUCUCUUUCCUUCUCUCUUUUUCCUUCCUCUGUCUCACUGAACAGGAAACAUGUCAUCAGAACUAUGAAUUCUCCUUUACCACAGGCACCUCGUAUCUCUUAAAGAAUAGUCAUGGUGGUGGGGGUGCGGGGAUGUGUGCUCACCUUUGAGACCUCUGGGAGGUGAGGGUCGAGAACUCAGGGCAGUCCUUGGCCCAUCUGCUAGUUAGAGAAGGGGCCCCCUCCUCCAGGGGCCGCCCAGCAGGGGUCUCUGGUGGCAAGUGGGCCACCACGGCAGGGCCUCAGCCCCCUUAUAGCUGGGCUGGGUUCCCUCAUGUGGAAAAUGACCCAUACAACCUGGAGGGCAGCCCUGGAUAGAAUUUGCAUAUUAACCUUCUAUCAGUUAGAACUUGGGUAAAGUCCAUAAGAAAUACUCUGUUCCAUGCCCUUAGGUCCAUCUGGAUGGGGGAGAAGCACAUCAUAGCAAAAUCCUUCUUUAGACCAACAAAUAGUGGCUGGGCUUAGAGCAUGAAGAGAACCUCAAAACCUGCCCGCUGAGUUGAGCUUGAGUGAUCAGAUUGUGAAAGAGCCUUGCAUCUGUCGGUUUCAGCACAUGACAAAACUACCUUGUAUUGGGCCGUGGAGAAGAAGCUUCCAGGUUUUUAAAGAGAUAAACGGACUCUGGUCCUCAAAAGUUUGUUCAUCUUUAAGUGCUCACUGCUGGCCUGGAGUUAUCUAAUUUCCCUCAAGGAGUCACGGACAGUUGACAUAUUCAGAACUGCCAGCAUGGAAACAGUGGGAUUCAGAAAAUCCCUCAACAACCCAGGUUCCCACGCCAUAGUUUUUUGCUCCAUCCUCUGACAUUUGCGAUGCCUCUUCCAUCAAUACCUACCUCGUUUAAAAGACUUCCAAUGUCAAGCUUUCAAAACUUCCUCCCCACCUUCACUAGCGCCUCCCUCCCUACGAAAACAUGAACUUUGAUGCCCCCAAGUUAAAAUCAGCCCCAAACAAUGUUUAUGAGAUACUUUGAUUAGUUUUUGGGAGAGGGAGAGAGAGAUUUUCCCACCUCAAGUCUAAGAGAAAACUGUAUCCGCACUCACGUGGAGCCACUCACCGAGGUGCUAUCUCAUUUUACAUUAAACUUUAAGCAGGACAGAUUGCUGCAGCCAUGAUAUUUAAGGUUUGACUUUUUUAAAAAUCUCGUUAUUCUUAAAAUGAUGCUGCCAUAUCAGAGAAUAACCCAGGGAGAAAAUUCUUCCUUGCCCGUUUUUGCAGUGAAAUGCAAUUAGCCGGCCAAAUUAUUGUAGCAAUACUGCAAUUAUAACUAAUUUUCACCCUUCUCAAAAAUCUUGUUGAACCAGGCGGCUAAAUAGCUUAGCAAAUGUAAAACACGGCAGGCCGUUUCCUCCAAGCAGACCUUAAGGAGUCAGGCCACAUGUGUCACUCUUCUUCAAAUGAGAGCUGACCUGGGGCCUCACGCUUGGACAAACGGGGUACUUGUUAUUCCACUGCAACAGCUUAGCGAAUAAUUACACGGUUUUGCAUAAAUUCCAGAUUGGAAUGUGUGUGUGUAUUAUGUUCCAAACAUUUCCAAUUACACUUGUCUGUUACAUACUUAAAAAAAAAAAAAUCAAGAGACGAUUCUAUUGCCUAAAGCAUUUUGAAUGUUUUAUGAAGCACAUUAUUCCCCUUAUGAAGACUUUCGGUAAAAGAUGGAGGUUUGGUCUGUUUGUGUGUGUUUCCUGAGAUCAGACGGAAGAGCCUUAGGAAGUGGUUGGGAGUGUCAUCAGCUAUCGCAUCUGCUUAGUCCAAAAUGCCUGCCCAGCUUACAAAUCAGUUUUUGUAACCUGGAGGCAGAGCCUGCUCCUGUCUCACUCCUAGGUUUCACAACUAGGUGUCCCCUCUGAGACCACCAGGGUGCCCUGGAGGCAGCCGGGUGGCCUGGACAGUUCUGGGCCUGGCCCCUCAGGAGGCUGACGAGGUGCUCGUGGCUUGGGUGACGUGGGAGAGGCCUUGCUGGGGAGCCCACUGAGCAGGGGUAGCAGGGGGCUCAUGUAAUACCUGCCAGAGAAUGUACUGGGCCCCCAUCAUUUCCCUUCAGCAGGGCUGCCAAUUUCUUUCCUUUCAAAAGGAAGAAAAGAAGUGAAGGAGCUCCUCAGGAGAACCACAUAUGAUAUUCAAACACAUUGGGAAUUAAUACUGAGCUAAGAUUCGUUUGCUUGAGAAGGAAACCAGUGAGGAGGGAGGACAGAACCAUAAAUUUCUUAGGAAUGCAAUAAAAGGGCGUGUCUCACAGUCCUGAGCCUUUAAGCUGCAAUGACAUAUUUUUGCAUCUAUGUGGAAAAUAAAUAUUUGGAAUAUUUCUUGUUUUUUUUUAAAUUAAAAUUAUUUUUAAAGUUAAUUCUGGAGAUGAUUUAGGGAAAAUUUAGUCACACCACUGAAGAUGAGUGGAAAUGCUCAGAGGCAACCAGGGGCUCGAAUUUCGUCGUUGUCAGAAAGUCUUGCAAGAUGGAAAUAUUCUGCUUUCUUUUAAAAGAAACGGGUUUUCAUAUGUGAGAGCAGAAGGGGAGCUCUGCCUGAUGUUUGUUCUGAAAGGGCACAUUUCAACUAUUCUCCCCAGGGGGAUGGAGGGCACGGCAAGUCAACUCAGGUUUUUUUAACCUCAAAGAUCAAGACAUGGGAUCAUUAAGAGUAACGAUUUUUUUUAAUGCAAUAUUCUGUUAAGGAGAGGGAUUAAUACCUGUCCGUGGGCAUGAUUGAUUUAUUGUCAUAAAUUCACUCCAAGAAUCCAGUACUCGCCCUGCCUCGCUGUUGUCUUGCUACGUGCUUAUGUUACCCCGUGGCACGAGAGGGCCACCCUGAGAACCCCAGAGAUGAAUCCAGCAGAUGGUCAGACAUGCAGAGAUCCAAGCGUUCCUGUUUCCAUUUACGAUGUCAAAUCCAGCAGCCCCACUCUGGCGACACCCGGGAAUACCUGUGCCUCCAGCCAGACUCCCGGUCCCACUGCAGAAGGCAGAGGCCUGGGGAGCUCUGCUGCAAGCGUCCUUCCCUCCAGAGGUUGCCCUCAUCCAAGACAAUUCCUUCGCAGACAAUUGGAAGCUGGAUUUUUGGAGAUGUAGCAUUUACUUGAAAGAGAAUUGCUCUUAUUUAUUGCCACCACUAAAAUAUUACGGAAACACGUCUGCUAACAAUUUGCUUUGUGUAAUUUGUCCUAAUGCUAAUAAGCAACAGCUGGGACACUUCCUGUGGUGCAUUCUUUUGUGGUUGCAGCGGUAUUAUCACAUGUGGACUUCUCAGGACCGCUGUGCUUGAGAACAACACUUGCUCCGGCUCUCCCAGGCUUCAGGGCAUUCCCCUAACUUAGAAGCUGCUCUGGGCAAAAGCACAUUUUGAGAGCAGUUGCUCGUUGAGUCUCUGUUUUCCCAAGCAAGGCCUUAAAAUCCUACGCAAAGAGCCUGGGGUUUGUCAUCAUGUGUAGCCUUGUUUGAUUUCCUUCAGGGGAAAAGACAUCAGGUAGAACUUAAAAAGGACCCCUUCCUCUAGGUUAGUUGAGCAUGUUACUUCUGGAGUUGAUAUCGGGUGGAUGGGGGAGAGGAGUGGGGACCACUUCCAUGAGCUGGCUCAGCAGUCAUCUAAAUAAUGAUGCCAGAUGGUGUGGGGACAGUGGCAGUUUUCUGUCCAAAGGCUCCAAUGUGACACUUAGACUCUGCCCUGGGCAGUCGUUGAGGCCUCCGCUGCUCUGUGACUGGAGCCUGAGAAUUGGUUCCAGGCACUAGAUGCUUGUUGCAAAGGCCAAGACGAGCCUCUUUCAUUGAAUCCAGCUUUGGAACAUGCCUAAAGCCUUGCUUCUCUGAACAACUCAUUUUGAAAUCAUAGAUCCUCACGACAUGUCAUCUUACAGUAACCGUGUGCUCCCAAAGGCUACCUCCAUCAUAAAUGUAGCAUCCUCCCAUCUCAGGAAGGUUCCACCUCCCCACCUGGUGCUGGGACAUCUUCCCCACAACCCUGAGGAAAGGCUCUCCCUGACCUCUUCCAAUUAUGGGGAGUUCCCUCCCUUAAGAAGUAGCUUAUUUCUUUGCUGGACAGCUCUGGCUGCAAAAAAAAAAAAAAAAAAAAAAAAAAAAAAAAAAAAAAAAAA